AAAUCAGUAUUUGAUCAAUGAACUUGUAUUUAUUUUCUAUACAGAGCAAUUUGCCCAGACUUUUAUAAAGGACAAGCACCUUGGACACCAUCUUCUGAUUGGGCUACAUUUGACGAUUGGAUAAAAACACGAGAUUCCAAACAUAUUGACAGGGAAGCAGAUGUGAUCCUGAAGUAUCUGAAGGAACAAUGUAAGGCAAAGAAGAUAGGUGUCAUUGGAUUUUGCUGGGGUGGAGCUGCUGUUCAUCAUUUGAUGUUGAAAUAUUCUGAAUUGAAGGCUGGCGUAUCACUUUGUGGAGUCAUCAAGUUUACAGAGGACAAUUGUCAGCUGAAGAACCCCACAUUUUUCAUUUUUGGAGAGAAUGAUGAUAUAAUUCCUCUUGACCAAGUCACUGCACUAGAGCAGAAGCUAAAACAACAAUGCAAAACUGCAUUUGAAGUGAAAAUUUAUCCUGGACAAACCCAUGGCUUUGUACAUCGCAAAAAGGAAGAUGUUAAUCCUCAAGAUAAGCCUUACAUUGAAGAAGCAAGGAAGGACAUGCUUAAUUGGCUGAACAGAUAUAUCUAAAGGAGUCCAUAAUGCCAAUAACCAUUAAGAAAUUACCUCUCAAGGCACACUUUUCAAACUCUCUUAAUGAAGAAUUGCAAUGCUGAGCAUAUCUCACAUUAUGCCAUUUCCCCACUGCACAAGAUCAACUCUUUCUCAUAAACACAGAUAUGCAUAGCUAGAGAGACCCAGCUGGUGGUGGUGGUAGCAGCAUUCUUCACUGGAUUGUGCCCCAUUCAGCUUCCUGUAACCCCAACAACCUCAGUACCUACUGCUCUGUUUCUCAAGAACCAACAGUUUCAGAUUGGGCUUGACGUCCUGCCUGGGGCCAGAUAGUGCUACAGCAGCCCAUCCCCUUUAAAUUAGCCCAAGAUAAAAUGCAUAUUUUCUCCAUCAUCACCUAUUCCUAGCAAUAAUUUGCUUUUAAACAGCAUUUGCUAUGACAUUAAAAAUAACUUGUGAUCAGCUUUCUGUGUUUAAUUCUUUAUACAAUACGGUUUUAAAUGUUAGCAUUUGUAUUCGUUGGAUAACCAAGGCUUAUUAAUGUUUGAAAACAGGUUUGAAUGUAAGAACCUGUCUUUCUAAAGUUCCAAAACUAAAGUUGGGUGUCUUCUGUACAACCAGAAAACUAAAA